AUGGCAUCGGAAAUCACCUACGCGGAGGUGAAGUUCAAGAACGCACCACCAGCUGCAGUGGUCAAAGUGCCUCCUGAGACCAAGAAGCAUGAGCACCGUUCCCAGAAAUACCCGCCUUGGCUCCCGUGGCUGAUCUCACUGCUGCUCCUCUUGGUGUGCAUUGCCCUUGUUGCUGCUCUUUUUGUCACUCCCGCCUCCCACAGCGAUGACCAACCCACAGCCCUGCAGCAGAAAUUCACGGAGUGGCGGUGCGUCUCGGCGGUGCCGCAAGGCAGAGGGAAGGACUGGACGUGCUGCCCGAAGGGCUGGAGGCGGUUUCAGCAAAGCUGCUAUUACGUGUCGAAUGAUUCCAUGUCCUGGCAGGAGAGCAAGCAGAACUGCACCGGGAUGGGUUCCCAGCUGGUGGUGAUCAACAGCAUGGCGGAGCAGGAGUUCCUCUCUAAGGAUCUACAAAAAUCCUCAAAAGGACAGAACUACUACAUUGGUCUGGUGGCACAGAAGGUGGGCCAGUGGCGGUGGGUGGACCAGACUCCCUUAAACGAGACGGCAGCGUUCUGGCGGAGGGGGGAACCAAGCAAUGUGACUGACGAGCCGUGCGUUGUCAUCUAUAAGCUUUUAGGAACUCCCAACUGGAAUGAUGUCCCAUGCACUAACCAUUAUCGAAUUUGUGAAGCUGCAGCAGUGACUGUGUGA